UCCUCAAAUUCUCUCCAUGGCUAUCACUAGAGUCUUGUGCCUUAGCUUUCUUCUCCUUGUAGGGCUGGGUUUAGCUUCAGCUGCCCGAACCCUUCUUGAUUAUGAUCCCCGAACACGUCACUAUGGUUACGAUCGCCCUAACCCUAGAGAAGGGUACGAUUCGGGGCAUCGUGACGAAUCCUAUGAUAAUGCAUAUGGUGGAAGAUCGGGUGGAGGAUAUGGAGACGGAAGCUCUGCUCUCGGAGGUUCAGGCUAUGGAAGUGGUGGAGUAAGGGGUUCGGGAUAUGGUAACGGUGGAGGAAAUGCAUACGGAGGAGGGGUUAGCUCCGGCGUAGGAGGAGCAGGAUAUGGAAGUGGGAGUAGAUAUGGAGGUGGAGAAGAUCAUGGUGUUGGUUACGCUGGUGGGCGAAGUGGAGGUUAUGAAAAUGGAGGCAAUGGUGGGUAUGGGCAAGGAAGAGAUCAUGAUAUCGGCUAUGGAAGUAGAAAUGGAAAUGGAAAUGGAAAUGGAAAUGGGUAUGGAGAUUCCCAUGGAUAUGGAAAUGGUGGAGGAGUCGACGGUGGGUAUGGAAGGGGAGACGGAGUAGGAAGCCAUGCUGGUGGUUCUGGCAUUGGCGCCGGCGGUGGUUACGGAGGCCAUGCUGGUGGCUCUGGAAUUGGGGCCGGCGGUGGUUACGGAGGCCAUGCUGGUGGUUCUGGAAUUGGGGCCGGCGGAGCUUACGGCAGUGGAGGAGGUCAUGGAGGAGAACAUGAUAAUAGCAAAGGAAGUGGAGAAGAAGGAGGUUAUGACGGUGGAUAUGCACUCACAAACUCCAUUUCAAACAAGAAUUGAAACCCUUCUUAAGUAAUGAACCCAAUAUUCAUUAUGUUAACAAAAUAAAGAAAUUGGGUUAGAGAAUGUUGUUUUCUAUAUCGAUGUCCAAACCACUUUCAAUGAAUGUUAAAUUCGAAUCAA